AGAAGCAGCUGAGAGAGGAAGCUCAGAGGGAAAAGGAAGAUCUGGAGAGAAAACUGUUUCAGUUGCAAGAUGAAGCCAGACAGUCACAAGAGGCAUUGAUGAGAUCUGAGGAAGCAGCUGAACUUCUUCAUGAAAAGAUGACAGUGUUAGACGAGGAAGCAAGAUUGCUCACUCAAAAGGCAGCAGAAGCUGAGGCGGAAGUCCAGAGAAUCAAACUGACAGCUAUCAAAACGGAGGAAGAGAGAAUGUACAUGGAACAGAGGGCUCAUGAUGCAGAAAUAAUUGCUGCUGCCAUCUUAGAAGAUUCUGAGAAAAGGGCCAGAGAGGCAGAGCAUUUGAGAGAGGAGUUAAUGAAAGCAAAAUUAUCAGAAAAAGCUGCGAAAGGAAAAUUAAUGGAACUGACUCAGAAAAUAACACAUGGAACACCUGGGGAUUACACAUCAAACUUUACCUUUCCUGGCCUGGCUUCGGACAUGACCUCGUCACUACAGUAUGUGGAAGCUGGAGGCUCCUUGUUUGAUGGGGAACUCUUCUCUGGGAACAUGGACCAGUUGUCAUUUGAGAUUGAGAAGGAGAGGCGGGAGUACUUAUCCAAAAGCAAGACCCUUCAGGAUCAGUUGAAAGACCUGAGGUCGGAAAUAGAAGUGCUGAAAGUUGAAGACAGAGCCAAUACAUUAGACAGGUUACAUGAUGAGAGCAUUCAGAGAGGUGAUUCCAAGUAUUCUACCCUGAGAAAGGUGACAGCCAACACUGCUAAAGCCCGGGUUGCUUUCUUUGAGGAAUUGUAG